AUGACUGUUGCUUUGCUGCCUCCAGAUUAUGAUGAUAUUGGAGGGCUUAAAGAUAACCAAAUGCCUUUGGUUUAUAGAGAUUCAUUUUCAGAUAAGCUUGUUCCAUCUGAUUAUGAUGAUGUUGAAGAGAGUAAAAUGUGCUCCAAAGGAAACAAGAAACUCAGACUACGGAAUGGUGCAAGUCCAUGUGAAGGCAGAGUAGAGGUUUAUCUCCAGGGAGAGUGGGGUACAGUGUGCAGCGCUGGCUGGGAUAACAAAGAUGCUGAUGUGGUUUGCAGACAGUUGGGAUGUGGUCGUGCCGUCUGUUUUACUACUUGGACACCUCGUGGUUCAGGUACCGGGAGGAUUUGGUUGGAUGAUGUACGGUGCCGAGGAACUGAAUCCUAUCUAUGGGACUGUAAUUCCCGCCCAGGGGGGAACAUCUGUGGUCAUAAUCGGGAUGCAGGAGUAAUCUGCUCAGGAAACAAGAACCUCAGACUACGGAAUGGUGCAAGUCCAUGUGACGGCAGAGUAGAGAUUUAUCAGCAGGAAGAGUGGGGUACAGUGUGCAGCAGUCACUGGGAUAACAAUGAUGCUGAUGUGGUUUGCAGACAGUUGGGAUGUGGCCGUGCCAUCAAUGUUACUACUGGGGCACAUCAUGGUGCAGGUACCGGGAGGAUUUGGUUGGAUAAUGUACGGUGCAGAGGAACUGAAUCCUAUCUAUGGGACUGUAAUUCCCGCCCAGGGGAGAACAACUGUGGUCAUGAUGAAGAUGCAGGAGUAAUCUGCUCAGGAAACAAGAACCUCAGACUACGGAAUGGUGCAAGUCCAUGUGAAGGAAGAGUAGAGGUUUAUCUCCAAGGAGAGUGGGGUACAGUGUGCAGCGCUGGCUGGGAUAACAAUGCUGCUGAUGUGGUUUGCAGACAGUUGGGAUGUGGCCGUGCCAUCAGUGCUACUACUGGGGCACAUCAUGGUGCAGGUACCGGGAGGAUUUGGUGGGAAGUAGUACGGUGCAGAGGAAAUGAAUCCUAUCUAUGGGACUGUGAUUCCGUACCAGGGGGGAUAUUUGCCUGUGGUCAUAAUGAAGAUGCAGGAGUGAUCUGCUCAGAUCAUACAGAAUUCAAAUGGGUAGAAGGACACAGCACUUGCUCAGGGUAUCUAGAGGUGGAACAUGGAAUCAAUUUGGCCUCAGUGUGUGAGUUGGAUGAUGAGCUGAGAGUGGCCAAUGUUAUCUGCAGGCAAAUGGAUUGUGGGAUUGCAGUAACACCACCAGUGAUGCCAAAUUCCCUCAAGUGGAGAGAGGAAAUCUGGACUGGGGAAAUCAAGUGUGUUGGAAAUGAGACCAAUAUAAGAAACUGUCUCUGGACUGACAGUUCUGAGAAAAACUGCAGUAACCCAAAUCCUCCAUCCAUACAUUGUACAUACAAAGACCACAGGAUAGUGAAUGGCAGUGAGAGUUGCUCAGGGAGAGUGGAGCUGGAGCGUGUAGGACAAUGGAGGUCUCUGUGCAACUCACACUGGGAUUUACACGCUGCUAAUGUCUUGUGUCGGCAACUCAACUGCGGCACUGCAGUCUCAAUUCCACAUGAGAACAUAUUUGGGACAAAUAAUCUUAUAUGGACUGAUAAAUUUCACUGCAAGGGAACUGAGUCCCACCUAGCUGAGUGUCCUUACACUGCCCUGGGGAACAGUCAUUGCCCACAUACUGAUACAGCAGCUGUUAUAUGUACUGGGAGAAAUGAAACACUGCGACUGAUGGGAGGAGAGAACCACUGUGAAGGGAGACUGGAAGUUCUACACAAUAACACCUGGCACAGAGUUUAUGGCAGUGAGUGGGACAUUAAGGAGGCUCAGGUUGUAUGUAGAGAGUUACACUGUGGAGAAGCUGUAAGUGCUUUCACCUCUGAGGCACAACUACCUGACAGCAGCCAUGUUAUAUGGGAGAGAAUCAAGUGCAAUGGAAAUGAGAGUCAGUUAAAUGAUUGUGCUGGGACACUGGAAUCUUCUGCAGGACAAGACUGUGACCACAAGAAAGAAGUUCAAGUUGUCUGCUCAGAUAGCCGGAGGGUACGGCUGGUUGAUGGUCGAGGUCGAUGUGCUGGCAGAGUGGAGGUCUAUCAUCAUGGAGAAUGGGGAACAGUUUGUGAUGAUUUAUGGGAUGGAGAAGAUGCUAAUGUGGUUUGCAGACAGUUGAGGUGUGGACAUGCCAUCAGUACAACCAACACAUUUCAUGAAAGAGGAACUGGAAAAAUUUGGAUGGAUGACCUGAAGUGUUUAGGAAAUGAAACUUCUCUGUUGGAUUGUCCUUCCAGCCCUUGGGGUCAGCACAACUGUGGACAUAAGGAGGAUGCAGAUGUUAUAUGUUCAGAAUUCACUGAUCUCCGUUUGGUUGGAGGAACCCAUGAAUGUGAAGGACGGGUUGAAGUCUAUUACAAUGGAAGCUGGUCAUCUGUCUGUAACAAUGGAAUGAAGGAAAUUACUAUUUCUGUUAUCUGCAACCAGCUAAACUGUGGAGUGAGUGGAACAUUUGCUUCUCUCUUUGAAUAUGGUGAAGCAGAAGGUCCCUUCCUAUUGGACAACAUCGAGUGCCGGAAAUAUGAUGCAACUCUGUGGCAGUGUCCUUCAAAUCCUUGGACCAGAAACACAUGCAAUAAAGCAGAGGUGGCAAACAUCAAGUGUUCUGGAAAAAGACUUUAUAAAGCUAUAAGAGAUCCUAAUAGCUGCCCAACAUCUGAGAACUGUACAGAUUCAGACAGGGUACGUCUCGUUGGAGGGCAGGACAAUUGCUCUGGCAGAGUAGAAGUGUUUUUCCAGGGAUCCUGGGGAACGGUGUGUGAUGACUCCUGGGACAUGAAGGAUGCAGAAGUGGUGUGUAAGCAGUUGGACUGUGGCUCAGCUAUCAAUGUCACUGGUGAGGACAUGGUUGGAAAUGGGACUGGGCCCAUCUGGUUAGAUGAGGUGACCUGCAAAGGCCAUGAACAGGCGCUGCAAGAUUGUCCCUCUGUGCGCUGGAAUAGAAGUGACUGUCACCACAAAGAGGAUGCUGGGGUCUCAUGCACUGGAAAAAAAGAAAGUGUGCCUACAACUGCACUGCCUUUUACUACAGGGCAGUCUACCUCAGCAACCUCUCGCACCAGUAUUAAGUAUGUUUCUAGCAACAUCCCCAUCAUCGCCUGCAUUGUUUUGGCAAUACUUUUGGGUAUGGCAAUAAUGGUUGUUUGGGCUCUAGUGAGAAAUCUGUACUGGUACAAAAAGGUUCUUGAGGACCGACCCGAUUCUUUACUGUCUCCUGCCUUCCCUAUUUAUGAGGAGAUUAAUUUUGAUAUGGAUGGAUUUGAGAAGGUUCUCUCUGAAGGAUCAGACUCCAUUGUGGACACCGCAGAUCAGAAGUUGGAAUAUUACACAAGUGCCACUGAAGACAAAAACAAUGUGAUAUCAGAUACAGAAGCAUCAACUGACAAACAGUUAAAUGACUAUGAUGACAGAGAAGAGAAUGAGGAGAACAAAGGGGCAUUGGUUCCUGGAAGCCAAGAAUAUGGAUAUGAUGAUGCAGGAUCAUUGAAUGAACGGCUUACAGCAGAAGACUAUGAUGAUAAUGCAGAUCCAGAAAUGGAUGACAUUCCAUUCAUGUCUGAUGAUGGAAACCUUCCACAGAACCUGCAGUCAGACUGUGGAUAUGAUGAUGCAGAAAUCCAGUCUCCAGUCGCAGAGAAUACAGCAAAUGGACUGCACCAUCCUCCUUCAAUAUCUGUCAACUGUGAUUAUGAUGACACAGACUUGGGAACCCAUGAGAUACUAAAAACAAGUGAGAAGCAAGCACUAAAAACUUUGGAGAAUGAUAGAUCUAUUGUCAUCCGUUCUGCAGCUAAGGGUGGAAUGGUGGUUGUCCUCAACUAUGAGGACUACAAACAAGAAGCCAUACGGCAAUUAUCAGAGACUCGAAACAAGAACCUUAAACUACAGAAUGGUGCAAGUCCAUGUGAAGGCAGAGUAGAGGUUUAUCUCCGGGGAGAGUGGGGUACAGUGUGCAGCAUUGGCUGGGAUAACGAUGAUGCUGGUGUGGUUUGCAGACAGAGGAGAUGUGGCCAUGCCGUCCGUGCUACUACUGGGGCACAUCAUGGUGCAGGUACCGGGAGGAUUUGGUGGGAUGCAGUACGGUGCCAAGGAACUGAAUCCUAUCUAUGGGACUGUGAUUCCGCACCAGGGGGGACAUAUUCCUGUGGUCAUAAUCUGGAUGCAGGAGUAAUCUGUUCAGAUCAUACAGAAUUCAAAUGGGUAGAAGGACACAGCACUUGCUCAGGGCAUCUAGAGAUGGAACAUGGAAUCAAUUUGGCCUCAGUGUGUGAGUUGGAUGAUGAGCUGAGAGUGGCCAAUGUUAUCUGCAGGCAGCUGGAUUGUGGGAUUGCAGUAACACCACCAGUGAUGACAAAUUCUCUCAAGUGGAGAGAGGAAAUCUGGACUGGGGAAAUCAAGUGUGUUGGAAAUGAGACCAAUAUAAGAAACUGUCCCUGGACUGACAGAUUUGAGAAAAACUGCAGUAACCCAAAUCCUCCAUCCAUACAUUGCAUAGGUACAUACAAUGACUACAGGAUAGUGAAUGGCAGUGAGAGUUGCUCAGGGAGAGUGGAGCUGGAGCGUGUAGGGCAAUGGAGGUCUCUGUGCAACUCACACUGGGAUUUACAUGCUGCUAAUGUCUUGUGUCGGCAACUCAACUGCGGCACUGCCGUCUCAAUUCCACAUGGGAACAUAUUUGGCACAAAUAAUCUUAUAUGGACGGAUAAAUUUCACUGCAAGGGAACUGAGUCCCACCUAGCUGAGUGUCCUUACACUGCCCUGGGGAACAGUCAUUGCCCACACACUGAUACAGCAGCUGUUAUAUGUACUGGGAGAAAUGAAACACUGCGACUGAUGGGAGGAGAGAACCACUGUGAAGGGAGACUGGAAGUUCUACACAAUGACACCUGGCACAGAGUUUAUGGCAGUGAGUGGGGCAUUAAGGAGGCUCAGGUUGUAUGUAGAGAGUUACACUGUGGAGAAGCUGUAAGUGCUUUCACCUCUGAGGCACAACUACCUGACAGCAGCCAUGUUAUAUGGGAGAGAAUCAAGUGCAAUGGAAAUGAGAGUCAGUUAAAUGAUUGUGCUGGGACACUGGAAUCUUCUGCAGGACAAGACUGUGACCACAAGAAAGAAGUUCAAGUUGUCUGCUCAGUUUACAUUUUGCUGCUUACUAUAGAUAGCAGGAGGGUACGGCUGGUUGAUGGCCGAGGUCGAUGUGCUGGCAGAGUGGAGGUCUAUCAUCAUGGAGAAUGGGGAACAGUUUGUGAUGAUUUAUGGGAUGCAGAAGAUGCUAAUGUGGUUUGCAGACAGUUGAGGUGUGGACAUGCCAUCAGUAUAAGUGACACAUUUCAUGAAAGAGGAACUGGGAAGAUUUGGAUGGAUGACCUGAAGUGUUUAGGAAAUGAAACUUCUCUGUUGGAUUGUCCUUCCAGCCCUUGGGGUCAGCACAACUGUGGACAUAAGGAGGAUGCAGGUGUUAUAUGUUCAGAAUUCACUGAUCUCCGUUUGGUUGGAGGAACCCAUGAAUGUGAAGGACGGGUUGAAGUCUAUUACAAUGGAAGCUGGACAUCUGUCUGUAACAAUGGAAUGAAGGAAAUUACUAUUUUUGUUAUAUGCAACCAGCUAAACUGUGGAGUAAAUGGAAAAUUUGCUUCUCUCUAUGAAUAUGGUGAAGCAGAAGGUCCCUUCCUAUUGGACAACAUCGAGUGCCGGAAAUAUGAUGCAACUCUGUGGCAGUGUCCUUCAAAACCUUGGACCAGAAACACAUGCAAUAAAGCAGAGGUGGCAAACAUCAAGUGUUCUGGACACAGACAUUAUAAAGCUAUAACAGAUUUAAAUAGCUGCCCAACAUCUGAGAACUGUACAGAUUCAGACAGGGUACGUCUCGUUGGAGGGCAGGACAAUUGCUCUGGCAGAGUAGAAGUGUUUUUCCAGGGAUCCUGGGGAACGGUGUGUGAUGACUCCUGGGACAUGAAGGAUGCAGAAGUGGUGUGUAAGCAGUUGGACUGUGGCUCAGCUAUCAAUGCCACUGGUGAGGACAUGGUUGGAAAUGGGACUGGGCCCAUCUGGUUAGAUGAGGUGACCUGCAAAGGCCAUGAACAGGCGCUGCAAGAUUGUCCCUCUGUGCGCUGGAAUAGAAGUGACUGUCACCACAAAGAGGACGCUGGGGUCUCAUGCACUGGAAAAAAAGAAAGUGUGUCUACAACUGCACUGCCUUUUACUACAGGGCAGUCUACCUCAGCAACCUCUCGCACCAGUAUUAAGUAUGUUUCUAGCAACAUCCCCAUCAUCGCCUGCAUUGUUUUGGCAAUACUUUUGGGUAUGGCAAUAAUGGUUGUUUGGGCUCUAGUGAGAAAUCUGUACUGGUACAAAAAGGUUCUUGAGGACCGACCCGAUUCUUUACUGUCUCCUGCCUUCCCUAUUUAUGAGGAGAUUAAUUUUGAUAUGGAUGGAUUUGAGAAGGUUCUCUCUGAAGCAUCAGACUCCAUUGUGGACACCACAGAUCAGAAGCUGGAAUAUUACACAAGUGCCACUGAAGACAAAAACAAUGUGAUAUCAGAUACAGAAGCAUCAACUGACAAACAGUUAAAUGACUAUGAUGAUAUAGAAGAGAAUGAGGAGAACAAAGGGGCAUUGGUUCCUGGAAGCCAAGGAUCAUUGAAUGAACGGCUUACAGCAGAAGACUAUGAUUAUAAUGCAGAUCCAGAAAUGGAUGACAUUCCAUUCAUGUCUGAUGAUGGAAACCUUCCACAGAACCUGCAGUCAGACUAUGGAUAUGAUGAUGCAGAAAUCCAGUCUCCAGUCACACAGAAUACAGCAAAUGGACUGCACCAUCCUCCUUCAAUAUCUGUCAACUGUGAUUAUGAUGACACAGACUUGGGAAACAAUAAACUCAGACUACGGAAUGGUGCAAGUCCAUGUGAAGGCAGAGUAGAGGUUUAUCUCCAGGAAGAGUGGGGUACAGUGUGCAGCAGACAUUACUGGGAUAAUAAAGCUGCUGAUGUGGUUUGCAGACAGAGGAGAUGUGGCCGUGCUGUCCGUGCUACUAGCGACGCACAUCAUGGUGCAGAUCAUACAGCAUUCAAAUGGGUAGAAGGACACAGCACUUGCUCAGGGCAUCUAGAGAUGGAACAUGGAAUCAAUUUGGCCUCAGUGUGUGAGUUGGAUGAUGAGCUGAGAGUGGCCAAUGUUAUCUGCAGGCAGCUGGAUUGUGGGAUUGCAGUAACACCACCAGUGAUGACAAAUUCCCUCAAGUGGAGAGAGGAAAUCUGGACUGGGGAAAUCAAGUGUGUUGGAAAUGAGACCAAUAUAAGAAACUGUCCCUGGACUGACAGAUUUGAGAAAAACUGCAGUAACCCAAAUCCUCCAGCCAUACAUUGCAUAGGUACAUACAAAGACCACAGGAUAGUGAAUGGCAGUGAGAGUUGCUCAGGGAGAGUGGAGCUGAAGCGUGUAGGACAAUGGAGGUCUCUGUGCAACUCACACUGGGAUUUACACGCUGCUAAUGUCUUGUGUCGGCAACUCAACUGCGGCACUGCCGUCUCAAUUCCACAUGGGAACAUAUUUGGGACAAAUAAUCUUAUAUGGACUGAUAAAUUUCACUGCAAGGGAACUGAGUCCCACCUAGCUGAGUGUCCUUACACUGCCCUGGGGAACAGUCAUUGCCCACAUACUGAUACAGCAGCUGUUAUAUGUACUGGGAGAAAUGAAACACUGAGGCUGAUGGGAGGAGAGAACCACUGUGAAGGGAGACUGGAAGUUCUACACAAUGACACCUGGCACAGAGUUUAUGGCAGUGAGUGGGGCAUUAAGGAGGCUCAGGUUGUAUGUAGAGAGUUACACUGUGGAGAAGCUGUAAGUGCUUUCACCUCUGAGGCACAACUACCUGACAGCAGCCAUGUUAUAUGGGAGGGAAUCAAGUGCAAUGGAAAUGAGAGUCAGUUAAAUGAUUGUGCUGGGACACUGGAAUCUUCUGCAGGACAAGACUGUGACCACAAGAAAGAAGUUCAAGUUGUCUGCUCAGAUAGCAGGAGGGUACGGCUGGUUGAUGGUCGAGGUCGAUGUGCUGGCAGAGUGGAGGUCUAUCAUCAUGGAGAAUGGGGAACAGUUUGUGAUGAUUUAUGGGAUGCAGAAGAUGCUAAUGUGGUUUGCAGACAGUUGAGGUGUGGACAUGCCAUCAGUACAACCAACACAUUUCAUGAAAGAGGAACUGGAAAAAUUUGGAUGGAUGACCUGAAGUGUUUAGGAAAUGAAACUUCUCUGUUGGAUUGUCCUUCCAGCCCUUGGGGUCAGCACAACUGUGGACAUAAGGAGGAUGCAGGUGUUAUAUGUUCAGAAUUCACUGAUCUCCGUUUGGUUGGAGGAACCCAUGAAUGUGAAGGACGGGUUGAAGUCUAUUACAAUGGAAGCUGGUCAUCUGUCUGUAACAAUGGAAUGAAGGAAAUUACUAUUUCUGUUAUCUGCAACCAGCUAAACUGUGGAGUGAGUGAAACAUUUGCUUCUCUCUUUGAAUAUGGUGAAGCAGAAGGUCCCUUCCUAUUGGACAACAUCGAGUGCCGGAAAUAUGAUGCAACUCUGUGGCAGUGUCCUUCAAAUCCUUGGACCAGAAACACAUGCAAUAAAGCAGAGGUGGCAAACAUCAAGUGGAAAUUCCCUUUGAGGAGCCAACUUAAGGAUGUGCAGAAGCCAAAGACUCCUUCUUUGGCCUAUCAACAUCUAAUGGCAGAACAGACUUCAGAGCCAGAUCAGAAUCCAGCAUUUUCCCCUACAACGACUAUGCUGAGUGAACCCUGGAGCUACCGUCAGGUUGAAGGUGCUGAUUCAGACAGGGUACGUCUCGUUGGAGGGCAGGACAAUUGCUCUGGCAGAGUAGAAGUGUUUUUCCAGGGAUCCUGGGGAACGGUGUGUGAUGACUCCUGGGACAUGAAGGAUGCAGAAGUGGUGUGUAAGCAGUUGGACUGUGGCUCAGCUAUCAAUGUCACUGGUGAGGACAUGGUUGGAAAUGGGACUGGGCCCAUCUGGUUAGAUGAGGUGACCUGCAAAGGCCAUGAACAGGCGCUGCAAGAUUGUCCCUCUGUGCGCUGGAAUAGAAGUGACUGUCACCACAAAGAGGACGCUGGGGUCUCAUGCACUGGAAAAAAAGAAAGUGUGCCUACAACUGCACUGCCUUUUACUACAGGGCAGUCUACCUCAGCAACCUCUCGCACCAGUAUUAAGUAUGUUUCUAGCAACAUCCCCAUCAUCGCCUGCAUUGUUUUGGCAAUACUUUUGGGUAUGGCAAUAAUGGUUGUUUGGGCUCUAGUGAGAAAUCUGUACUGGUACAAAAAGGUUCUUGAGGACCGACCCGAUUCUUUACUGUCUCCUGCCUUCCCUAUUUAUGAGGAGAUUAAUUUUGAUAUGGAUGGAUUUGAGAAGGUUCUCUCUGAAGCAUCAGUAAAUCUGCCCCUAUGUUACUUACAUGUUAUCUACUUUGCAGACUCUAUUGUGGACACCACAGAUCAGAAGUUGGAAUAUUACACAAGUGCCACUGAAGACAAUAACAAUGUGAUAUCAGAUACAGAAGCAUCAACUGACAAACAGUUAAAUGACUAUGAUGACAUAGAAGAGAAUGAGGAGAACAAAGGGGCAUUGGUUCCUGGAAGCCAAGAAUAUGGAUAUGAUGAUGCAGGAUCAUUGAAUGAACGGCUUACAGCAGAAGACUAUGAUGAUAAUGCAGAUCCAGAAAUGGAUGACAUUCCAUUCAUGUCUGAUGAUGGAAACCUUCCACAGAACCUGCAGUCAGACUAUGGAUAUGAUGAUGCAGAAAUCCAGUCUCCAGUCGCAGAGAAUACAGCAAAUGGACUGCACCAUCCUCCUUCAAUAUCUGUCAACUGUGAUUAUGAUGACACAGACUUGGGUGACUAGAAGCCAAUCAUCAAGAAGCCAACAACUGUAUCAUCAAUAGUUCUGGUUAUUCCAAGUAGAAUGUUCUACUUACUAUAAUUUCUUACUAUAAUUUCUCUAUCAAAUCUCAUUUAUUUUUUAGAUUACAUAAGUGCCUGGUACAAUUAAAGUGGGAUUUACCACAUUUUUUAUUAUAUAAUGAAAGAAUAUUUAAUUCUAAGCAACUUUUGAAUAUACUAAUCAUUGAUUAAAAUGCUUCUAUAGUUUUAGGGGGUUAUUUACUAAAAUCCGAAUUUAUCUUCCAAUAAAAAAAAGCUU